GAUAUCCAGAAACUCAUUAGCUCCCAGAAAUUUAGCAUAUAUAUAUACCUAACAGAUAGUGAUUACCAGCACCACUAUCCCCAGCAGGCAGGUUAUUUCAAGCCUAAUUAACCAGUUAGCUUUUUGCCAAAAAAGAAAAAAAAAACCAGUUAUCUACCAUGGCCUUGAAAUACUUCCCACUACUGAUAUUAGUACUUGCCUUGGCCACCUCCAAAAGGACCUUAGCAGGUGAUCCUGACAUUCUUUACGACUUUAUAGUGCCACAAAAUAACACCACAGUUGAUGGGACCUUCUUUACCUACACUGGACUGCGUGGUGUGUUCAAUGGAGUUCCCGAAACCUUUAAGGUAACAAAAGCUUCCUUGACUGAAUUCCCUGCUCUUGACGGCCAAAGUGUGUCAUACGCGGUGCUACAGUUUCCUGCAAAUGGUGGACUAAACCCUCCUCACACACACCCUCGCUCGGCUGAACUUUUGUUCCUUGUUGCUGGUUCCUUGGAAGUAGGGUUUGUCGACACAAAGAACGUUCUGUAUACUCAAAAGCUUCAAGUUGGUGACCUUUUUGUGUUUCCAAAGGGACUAGUUCACUAUCAGUAUAACACACAGCCAAACAUGCCUUCUUUUGCUGUUUCAGCAUUUGGAAGUGCAAAUGCUGGAACAGUUUCAGUGCCAUUGUCAGUGUUUGCCACAGGAAUUGAUGAUGAGAUCCUCGCUAAAUCAUUCAAGACUGACAUUGAUACCAUUAAGAAGAUCAAGGUUGGCCUCACCUCUAAAUAAAUGACAGAUUAAAAUACCAAAACACCUCCAAUAUGUUUGACAAAAUGUAAAACUUGAUUGCUUUUUCUUCUUUUCUGUAUCUUGUUGCUUUCUGCAGCUGCAAAUUAUAAUUGUUUGAUUAAUUGUGUCAAAUGCUUUGAUUCAACAUUCAGGAAAAAUAAAAAUUAAAGUCUUGGACGAGUAACAUGCCUGUUGUGGGCGAUUCUCAGUUGACUCCCAUAAACAACCUAGCUAGAAUAGUAGAAUAACAAUACACUCAAGUAACUUAAGCAUACUUGACUUAGUUCCUUUUUUUCUCUCCUCUUUCCUUUUUAUUUGACUCCAUUUUGAAGUUGUAGAAGACGGCAUGGAGCUCCAUAGCUUUGAGAGUCUCCUGCAAAAUCAGAGAAAAUAAAACUUCCUAUAACCCCUUUUUGUGCUUUUUCCUAUGUGGAUCAUCGAUCUAGACUUUAAGGUAUCCGAGUUAGACAUUCCUCUAAGAUGUAAAGAUACUCCUUACUUUGUACCAAUGUUAAAAUUGCUGAGGAAAGUAAUAACACCAUUACAGAAGGGCAUAACAAAAAAUGAUUCAACCACAACCUCAGGAGUUGAGGAAAUUUUGAAAAAGUUAUAAAGAGCCAUCAACCAAUAUUCAUAGGUAAACCGGACCGUACAAAGCACAAGGACUGGAUAUAUAGAAAGUCGUUUUUCCUAGAAUGUAACCAUUGCAGCUGGCUAGCUAGAUAUAGCAUUGCCAGUGUUUUUUACCUUAAUUGGUGCUUAAAGACUACAGGAGUCAAAAAAUACAAAAAAAGAAGGAAAUAAAAGUUUUGGAGAUGUUACACUGAUAGAAAAGCUUCAAUUCAAGAUGGAGUAUCACCCGUCUUUUCAUCACUUUCUCCUUUUGUCCGGACAGGAGACUUCACUUUCUUUAUCCUUAAGCAGCACAGGGAAAAGUAAAAAAAAAAAAAAAAAAAAAAAAAAAAAAAGUGAAAGCUCCAGACCAGAUAACCAUAAUCAUCAUCUCCAGCUAGGACUACCUUCUCCAUAAGAAUCAUGAUCACGGCUUGGGGAACUUUUAUUGCCUCUGAUGUUAUUGAACUGCCAUAUCAUUUCUGCAGUUACU